AUGGAUAGCUUCAUUGAACAGAAAAGUAUGCUGGUGCACAAUAAAAUGAAUGAUGCUGGCAAGCGGAAUGGCUUAAUUAACACCAGAAAUUUCAUGGCAGAGAGCAGAGAUGGCCUGGUGUCUGUUUACUCAGCACCCCAGUACCAGAACUGUCAGGUGGUGGGCAGUGCAGCAGUGACCACCAUGGAUGGCAGCAGGAAUGAGCCAGUACAGCAGCUUCUGGACCCCAGCACCCUUCAGCAAUCAGUGGAUUCCCACUACCAUCCCAACAUCAUCUUCUACUCAGAGAGUGUACUAUGCUCCUGGGGAGAUGGUAUGGCUGCCGACUGCUGUGAGACCACAUUCAUGGAGGAUCAGUCCCCCACCAAAGAGAGGCUGGAGUACCCUGAUGGGAAGUUCAUUGACCUCUCAGCUGAUGACAUCAAAAUCCACACCUUGUCCUAUGACGUAGAGGAGGAGGAUGAAUUCCAGGAGCUGGAGAGCAACUACUCCAGUGAUACAGACAGUGAGGACAACUUUCUAAUGAUGCCCCCACGGGACCAUCUGGGCCUCAGCGUCUUCUCCAUGCUUUGCUGCUUCUGGCCUUUGGGCAUUGCAGCCUUCUAUUUGUCCCAUGAGACCAAUAAAGCUGUGGCCAAGGGGGAUUUCCACCAGGCCAGCACCAGCUCUCGGCGGGCCCUGUUCCUGGCUGUGCUCUCCAUCACAAUUGGAACUGGCAUCUAUGUGGGUGUGGCUGUGGCCCUCAUCGCCUACCUCUCCAAGAGCAAUCACCUAUGA